AUGACGACAUUGAGGAUCCCAGCGUCCAGCCCAUACUAUAACCUAGGCGCUUACACUCUUCCCAUCAGCACUGCCAAUUCCAACACUCAAGUAUGGUUCAACCGCGGGCUCAUCUGGAUCUACGCCUUCAACCACGGCGAGGCCGUCUACUGCUUCAACCAGGCUAUCGCGUACGACCCCUGCUGCGCAAUGGCCCACUGGGGUCUUGCGUACGCAGUUGGGCCCAACUACAAUAAACCCUGGGAACGAUUCGACCAGCGCGACCGCUUAGCCUCUGCCAAGACUGGAUACGAGGCCGCCCAGAGGGCCGCACGGCUGGCGGAAGAUAAAUCCGAGGCUGAAAGUGAGGCUGAAGUUGGAGCUGAUGGUGCAAGCAGCACACGGCUGAAGCCGUGGGAAAAAGCUGUCAUCCUCGCAAUGCAAUCCCGUUUCGAGAACGGAAGACCGCCGAAGGAUCCAAGCGCUGUAAAUCGGCGGUAUGCGGCGGCCAUGGGACGAGUUUAUGAAGUUUUUGGCAAUGAUAUCGAUAUUGCGGUUCUCUAUGCUGAUGCGCUCAUGAACGUUACGCCAUGGGCUCUCUGGAAUCUGGCUACAGGCGCGCCGGCAAAAAAUGCGCCCACAAUGCUAGUGAAACCGGUCCUAGAACGGGCUUUGUUGCAAGAAGGCGCAGAUAAACACCCUGGCCUUCUGCAUCUAUAUAUUCAUUACAUCGAAAUGUCUCCAGCGCCUGACUCAGACAGGGGAUUAGACGUCGCGGACAAACUCCGCGACCUUGUCCCGGAUGCGGGCCAUAUCCAUCAUAUGCCGACGCAUCUGGAUGUUCUGGUCGGCGACUGGAAAAAGUCAAUUGAGAGUAACUAUAAAGCAACGCUUGCUGAUGAUCGGUAUCUGGCCAUGUCUGAGACAAGGGGUUUGAUCUAUGCGGCGAUGUUUGCGGGGCAGCAGAAGACAGCCAUUAACGCGGUGGCGCGGAUGGAGAAGAGUGUUCCUAGCUGGGAGGGAGUGUUGAGUAUCAGGUCCCCGCCAUUGGCAGAUUGGGUGGAGAAUUUUCUUGCGACAAGAGUGCAUGUUAUGAUACGGUUUGGCAUGUGGAGGGAGCUUAUUGGGAUGGAUUUGCCGCAUAACCAGCGGCUGUUUUGCGUCACUACGGCGACGACGCAUUAUGCCAAGGGGCUGGCGUAUGCGGCGAUGGGGAAUAUUGAAAAGGCAAAACGUGAGCGGUUCCUCUUCCAUAAGAGCAAGGCCCUUGUUCCAGCCUCCCGACGGGCAUAUAAUAGCAAGGCCUUGGACACGUUGGCUGUGGGAUCGGCCAUGCUGGAUGGGGAGAUUGCUUACCGGCAGCAAAAAUACAAAGACGCAUGGAGACACCUGCGGCGAUCCACCAAGCUCGAUGAUCAACUUCCGUACAGCGAACCCUGGGCAUGGAUGCAGCCCUCUCGUCACGCGUAUGCUGCUCUCCUGCUAGAACAGGGGUAUGUAGAGCAGGCAGCAGCGGAGUACCGUGCUGACCUCGGCCUCGAUACCACACUGAUCAGGCCAAGGCGGCACCCGCGCAAUGUAUGGGCACUUAUCGGGUACAAGGAGUGUUUGAUGCGGAUGUGGAGGCUCCAGGAGGUAAACGAGAUUGAGAAGGACCUUAGGGAAGCGCUAGAAGGGGCGGAUAUCCCUAUUCGUGCGAGCUGCUUUUGUCGGUUGGAUGCAGCUGAGACUGAGGAUGAAGUUAUCCCGACAGAUACGAAGCCAAGGCAGAGGAGUCACAGGGCUUGCGGGCAGAGGGACAAGGAACGAGGAAGUCGGUUGUAG